CCCCGCCCCCAGAUGAAGCUCCCAGUAAAAGGAGAUAGAUAACAGUAAACUUUCAGCGAGAGGGCUGUUUAUCCAUAACUUUGGUAACAUAUCCCGUCCGUUUUGUCAUCAGCCGUCCCCUCCAAGCAACGGAACGCUGUGAAUGUCCAGCCGUGACAAGAACGACUCUAAUAUCCGCAUCCACCGGAGCGACUUUAUCUUCAACCAAGCAUACUUUGACAUUUGCUGGAGACUCUGCAUGCUGGGGCUUGAAGUUGACUUCCUGUAGACUGCUUCAUAGAGAGGGAAACCUUUUGUGAAAAAGCAGGAGAAAGGCCUGUUCACCCACCUUCAUCAUACUGGAAGCUACAUGAUGGCAGGAAGAUUCCCCAUUCCCUUCUUACUUCUUGCAAUAUGCUGCCUGGCAACUGCAGUGCCAUUGUUUCGAAGCCCAUGUGAGCUGCUGCCGGUGGGGGUGGGGCACCCUGUACAGGCCACAUUGAGGAGCUUCACCGCCCUGUCAGGCUGUGCCAGCAGGGGCACCACGAGCCUCCCUCAGGAGGUCCAUAUCAUCAACCUGAGGGGACAUGUUCCAGAGGGACCAGACAACAGCCCAGCUGAAGUGGAGCUGCAUCUGAAGCCGAUUCAGUCUUUGUUACGCCAUCAGAAACCACUGGUCUUUGUGCUCAACUCCCCCCAACCACUGAUCUGGAAGAUCAAGACAGAGAACCUGGCCCAGGGCAUUAAGCAUACCUUUCAUGUAUCUGAGGGCUCAGAGGUCUACUUUCAGCCGGGAAACUUCUCCCUCUUCUGCCGGAUCCAGAAGGAGACCCUUCCCCAUGGCAACGAGCACCUCCUCAACUGGGCCCAGAAGAAGUACAGGGCAGUCACCUCUUUCUCUGAGCUCAGGCUGACUCAAGACAUUUACAUCAAAGUCGGAGAAGAUCCACUGUUUUCGGACACUUGCAAGAUUGAUACCAAGUUCUUGUCUCUGAACUACCUGGGAGGCUACGUGGAGCCACAGACAUCAAAGGGUUGUGUCCUGUCUGGACCCGACAAAGACCAAGAAGUCCACAUCAUUGAGCUCCAAGCCCCUAACUCCAGCAGUGCUUUCCAGGUGGACGUUAUAGUGGAUCUACGGCCUCUGGGUGACGAUGCCCUGCUGCAUCGUGACAUAGUCUUGCUGCUCAAGUGCGCCAAGUCUGUCAACUGGGUCAUCAAGGCCCACAGUGUGAUUGGCAAGCUGAAUGUAGUGGCCUCUGACACUGUGAGUGUUAGUUCAAGUACACUGAUGCAAGUGUCAAAAUCCCCCAAGCAGCACUUGCCAUCAGGGUCACAAGCCUUAAUCAAGUGGGCAGGGGAGCAUGGCUACAGUGCAGUCACAUCUUAUACCAACACUCCUGUGGCUAACCACUUCAAUAUCAGACUAAGAGAGCCAGAUGUGGUGGAUCCUCUGGAGAGCAUGUUACCCCCAGAGCACUCCAUCCUGCUUGACUCCAGUCCUCAUCUAAGAGCUGGAACUGAUUCACGACGCUCCGGUUUGCCCUUUCCCUUCCCUCCACAUAUCUCUGACCCCCUGCCCUCCUCCUUCGACAACUGGCCCUGGGACAACGGAGAGCCUGAGGAGCAUCAGGGCGUUCUCAGUGUUGGCCACACUGUGCGGUGUGAGGACAAGAGGAUGGUAGUCAGCAUUGAUAAAGAAAGCCUGCAAGCAAAUGGGUUUGCUCAUGCCAACCUCACCCUACAAGACCCAGCUUGCAAAGCAACAGUCAAUGCCACCCACUACACACUGGAAACUCCACUGACUGGCUGUAUGACCACUGUAUAUCCCAUGCAGGGUAGCCCAAUGGCCCUCCACAUCAACUCUGUUUUGAGGAGUCAUGCUGAGACUAAGGAUGGGAGUGGUGGGCCGCUGGAUUAUGAUAAUCUGCAAUCUGGAGACGUGCUGUUCCCGAGGGAGUUAGAGAGGACCUUUACGGAGCCCAAAAAGCACCAGACGGUCAUAGUGUUCAAUUGCACGUACCGAAAGAACCAGGAAACCUCAGCAAAAUUUCCCAGGAUUUUACCAGGACCAGGGAGGCAACCAGUCAGCAAUGUGACAUUUAACAUGGAGUUGUACAACACACUGCCAUUCAACAACCCUUCACGCCAGCCUUUCUACACUGUUUCACAAAAGCAGGAAGUCUUUGUGGAGAUCACAUCAGCCACAUCAGAUCCGGAGCUGGGGUUCACCAUCAUAUCAUGCUUCAUUUCUCCCAACUCCAACCCCAAUGUGGUCUCAGACUACCCUCUCAUUGAGACAGUCUGCCCGACAGACGACUCUAUCAAAUACUAUCCUCAGAGGGACUUCCCUGUCCCUUACACUCAGGCGGAGAAGAAAAGUUUCAGCUUCACGUUCAACUCAAAGUUCAACAUGUCCCUUCUUUUCCUGCACUGCGAGAUGUCUCUGUGCUCCAAGAGAUCUCAGAGUAACCAACGACAACCGCCGUGCUUACAACCUAGCCAGACCUGUGAUUCUCUUACUCUGGACAAUAUCGUGGAGCUAAUGAUGAAUACCAAGACGUCUUCCAAGCCGCUGGUUGUGGUGGAUGGAUCUGGUCAACCAGACGAAACAGUAACUCCUCUUUACAAAUCAACUGAAAUCCCACAGGAUGCUUCUGAAGAUAAUACACUGUACGUGCUGGACACUCCAACAGUGGUGGGAAUCGCCUUUGCAGCCUUUGUGAUUGGGGCUCUGUUGACCGGAGCCCUGUGGUUUAUCUACUCACACACAGGUGAGACAGCUGUCACACAGCAGGUCCAGAAGUCCCAGCCGGCCUCAGAAAACAGCAGCGCGGCCCACAGUAUCGGUAGCACACAAAGCACGCCCUGCUCCAGCAGCAGCACGGCGUAGCCCAGGGCGCAACCCAGCGGGACACCAAGCCCUGCCAUGGCCCCGGACGGACCCGAUGGUUCACAGGGACCGGUUUGUUCAUCUCCUUCCAUGAAAGGAAUUAAUGUUGUUGAUGUGAUAGGAAGGGGAAAAAAGUAUGAUUUCAAAAAAGAACAACACAGUAACACUUUUGGUCCUUGUGUAAAUUCCUUUUGUACCACUUCAAGUGCGUCCAGGCAAAUAUACUAUCCUGGUGUUACUGGUCUGAAUAGUAGUGAGACCCAGCUUGGCGGCAUCACCUAAUUUUUAUUUCAAAAAACUAAUGUGAGUUUUCUCAAUCCAAAUGCUGCUUUUUUGUGACAACAACCCAGUAGUUUGCUUUGACCUUACAUGGGGAUAUUUAGGCUGUUUGUAACAAAAAGGUGUGCUCCAACUGCAAGAAAAGCAACCAGGCUGCAGGCAAGUCAGUAUUAGUAAGUGGGAUGUUAAUGGCUGGACUGUAACAUGUUGCCUUACAACGUGCAACCCUGAAGGUGGCAAAGGAGUAAAGCAACUAUUAUAAACAUGCGAACAAAAGUGCAGUAUGAACGGAAGUUGCCAUCUUGACACAGAGAGACACAAUGGCAGUGUAGGUUAUGAAUGUAGACAGAAAAGUAAAUGCCAGAAAAUGUGAAAGAAAAUGUGAAACACAUGUUUGAUAAAAUGCCCCGUUUUAUAAUGUACUCGUUCUUCCCUCAUAAUGGAAUUAUAAACACAGGUUUGUAAAACCAGUGCGUUCUGUAGUUAUAGUAAUUCAUUUGACUAGAUGGAGGUUCGAGUCUCAAUUUUAUUGAUGUUAUCCAAAUUCCCAGGGGCAUUAUGGGUUCCCUUUACCAGUCAUUGUUAAUGGAAUAGUUCAAUAUUUUGGGAAAUGUUUUUUUUUGCACAUAAUGCAAACAUUAGAUGAGAAGACUGAUACCUCUCUCAGUACUGAGCUUGAUGCAGGAGGCAAAUAGCCUAGCUUAGCACAAAGACUGCUGUUAAAAAAAAGUUGCUACGGUUGCAGAAAGAAAUACCUACUAUUGUGAGCUAACUCUUUCUCCCUGCUUCUAGUUUUUCUGCUAAGCUAGGCUAAUUGCCUCCUACAGUACCCCCAGCUCCAUACUCAAGGUACAGACAUCAGAGUGGCUUCAAUGUUCCUUUUUCACUCUGAAAAAUUAAGUGAAUAAGCAUAUUUACCAAAAUGUCAAAUUAUUCUUUUAAGACCUGUACAUGUUUGUGAAUAUUGUAAAUACUCCAAAAUGUUUUGAGGCAGGCAGUGUGCAAAUGAUGUUCUUGUACUUCUGGAUUAGACAUGAUUUAUCAGUGUGAGAUGCAAGUUCAUGUAAUAAGAAUCACAGAAAGACAGGAUAAACUUAGAGUAUGAUCUAAAGACAUCAAUUCAAAAUCAUGGCUUAGUAUAACUGAUGUAGCUUGGGUCCUACCGUUUACUCCUUUUCACUAGGGCUGCUUCUUUUUAAUAAUGAUUAAAAAAAUAAUUUUAUAAUAAAUUUUCCUUCAUUAAUAGCGUAACCAGCAAUUAUUGUUCUGCCAAUUCACUCAUUGAUUAUCAAUUAAAUGUUCCUUAACAAACUCAGCUAAUUGCCCUCUUAUCAGGCAGAGCCAGAGGAGGAGUAGAUUUUGUUAUAAUAUAAAGCCAACAGUGUCCAGUUUAUGGAUUUAUUUUGUGUGUGUUAUUCUUGACUGUAGCUAAUUGGAAUGGCCAUAUAUUUUCCUUUUUUCAUUUUUUUUUAACUGCAACACCACAACUAUACCCCACCGUCUCAGAAUAGUAUGAAUGUUUGCUGUAGUGCCCUCGUUUAACGUGUAUGUGUUUUUUUUAUCAGUGUGUGGGAAUAACUGGGCCCUUUGAAUCAGUGAAGGGAACUUUCCCUUUACCGAUUUACCAUAACAAGGAAAAUAGAAUGUAUGUUAUUAUUUUUUUUCUCUUCUUAUGUAAACAUGUGUAAAGCUUUCUACAGAGGGAACAGAGUCUAAAUAUAUAUUUGUGUAUAAAAUUAUAUUUUGGAAUAUAUUUACCAAGAGAAAUUUAUUGUCUUUUACGUAUGUGUGUAAUUACUGUGAAUUGUGUAUGUGCUCAUACAUAACACGCCUUUGAGGGGGUAUUUUUCAGUUUCAUUCUUAAAAGCUUCAUGACAUGUUUUAUGACACUUUCACUGAUGAAAAGGCAUUAUUCAUGUUGAUAAUACAAAAUGUUUUUUCUUUUUUUACUUAAACACCUUACAUUUGAAAAGGUACAGUCGUCAAUGUUAAGAGACUUUGACACUGUACUGACAUCAUGUUCAUUUACAUUUGAAAUGUUCAAUUGUUGUGAAUGUGUCAUAAAACGUGAUGAGUUUGUAAUGAAUAUGAUAUAUACAUGCUUUUCAAACCUUAUUAUAGUUUGUCAUCAUCUGAUUACUAUUUUGUAUCGAUAAUGUAUUUACUAAAAAAUAUGUUUCAUAUGAAGAAAAGAAAGAAUCUUCAAAAUGAAAUCUUCUUCAAUACAAACAUUACAACAUUCAAGAAAAGCUGUAGCAAUAAAUAUUAAACUAGAUUUUAACAUGGUUUUAGUAAAUGAUGGAGGACAUACCACACAAACUCAAUGUCCCUCCUCAGUUGUUGCAUUGUCACAACAAAAUCCGCUCCACAGACUUGUUUCGGCCCUUCUGCUGUUACAAGAAUGACACAAAUCCCCUUUAAAUAAUCAAAACAAAUUAAACCAAGGCUAAAGACGGCCACAGUUAAACCAAAAUGAAAUGUACAGUAUAUUAGGUGUGUAUGUAUUAUGUUAGAAUGCCGGGCGGAGAAAAUCCAGCAAUCCGUUUUUUUGUUCCUGGAAAGUUUUUAAUAACACUUGAGAAAUAUAUAUAAUAAAGUGUAUUUUCAUAUACUUUAAGUAAUAGAACCACUUGGUUUCAGUGCCACAAUAGAACUUGUUUUUUCAUCAGGCCUGUUGUCAAAUGUGUCAAUGUCAAAGCCUAGUUGGACAGUAAAUAUACAACAGUGAUAUGUAGUGCACUGUUGUUGCUAACAAGCAGUAUUAUUGCACGUGUACACUGUAUUCCACUGUGUGCAGGAUAGUGAAAGAUCCAUGUUUUUGCAGCGUGGAAAUGUGCCGCAGCCUAUAAUAAGUGGCCAUUGUGGGAUUAAAGCUUUUUAGUUUUGAGAUUUCUCUUAUCGACUGCGGCAAAUCUUUUUCCCAUGUGUAAUUAUCUCCUCCACCCCCCUCGUGUCACGCUGUUAAGUGGAUGAGCCUCAAGUUAUGUUCUGGAUCUAAUCUUCAUAUUUGAGAUAAUUUGGGAAUAUUUCACUCAACCUAACCAUGAAAUUCACGAGAGUUGCUGUUCAAAUAUCCAACAUUAUUCCUUGCCUUUUGUUCCAGUGCAUGCUGGGAAAUAGCUCCACCCCUCCUGCCACUCAUGACAGCGUCAUAUACAGAUAAUAUGCUAUCAAAAACAAAUUAUGAUGCUGAAUCAGAUAAAAUGAGUAACAUUGUUAUAGUACUAAAACAUACUUUCACUGUAUGAAUUAAAGGUAAUGCUGAACAGCUGUAAUUGCAGCCCAAAUCCAUAGCAUUAGUUAUUGAUUGUAUUUUUUUUAACCAUUUGACUACCUCAUAUUUGUGUAAGAAUGUGUGAUUUGUGUUCUACGUGUGUGAUGUUGUGCGUGGUUGUGAGUGUUUUCUGUGCCUAAAUUUGAACCCAAGAAAAGUUAAAAUGCUUAUAGACUAUUCUGCAGUUGGAUGAUUUGGGGCCGCUGCAUGGUUUUAUUGCAGUUUCGCAUUUAUUUGUCAAUCUCAAUGCAAAAAAUGAAGAGUUAAGCUUUCCCGUGUUGACCUUUCCCAUGAUGCCAAGAUGCCUUUUUGGGUGUUGUAAAUGUGUAAAACUUUGGUAAGCCAUUAUUUUUUCCUUUGGUUUUUGAAACUUUCUAUAUGCUGUAAAUAUGCAUGAUAUCUGUAUACCCAUUAUGUCAAAUAAAGAAUUCUAUAAUAAUGUAAAAAA